CCGGACGGGCAGUCGGGUCUGAUCAGUCACGCUCCAGUUCCGUUUAAUAGGAAGAUGCCGUCGUAAUCUCGAACGUUAACCCGUUCUGUACCGUCGCACUGGGAGACCUCUUCAGUGUCUUCACUGCCCGGUGUUACUGAGGAUCUGUACGUUGAGUUCGGGGGGAAGGAGGAGGACGGGAGUGGCUUGCAGUGCGAUCCCGUGUUCCACGGCUCCUCCCGAUUUCUGGCUUCAGCGAAGUUUGCUGUACCCUUGGGGUCAGUCCGCACAGUUUGCUCUCCCGGUGGAUUCGAUCCCCAACGUUGUUAGAAGCGACGGAUCGUUCCUUAUCAUCGGAGAAUUCCUACCGAAGUUUUUGUCAGUCAUUCCGGAAGGGUUAUCUGCGUGGGUUUGGAGAGCUUCUCGGCGACACUGUCUUGCACCUUCCAACGUCUCCACCCGAAGUCAAAAAUAGAAUGGGGAUGCGGCAUUAAAAGGUUUGGCUGAUUCCUCGGGGGCCGGCAGCGGGAAGCGCAGAGGGAAUGGGAGUGGUACUCGGUGAUUCGGGCGCAGAGCUCACCGCGUCUGGGCGCAUCGCUGGCCGGAGAUAGGGUGAGUGAGUCAGCGGUGAAUUCGGUUGGAGCUGACUGCCGGCUGAAAGAUGGGGACCCUGCGCGACUUGCAGUACGCGCUGCAGGAGAAGAUCGAGGAGCUGAGGCAGAGGGACGCGCUCAUCGACGAACUCGAGCUGGAACUUGACCAGAAGGACGAACUGAUCCAGAAACUGCAGACGGAGCUGGAUAAAUACCGCUCGGUGCUGCGGCCGGCCGCUCAGCCGGCCGAACAGAGCGAACCCAGCACCCAAGAGCAGCACCGGACCAAGAGGCAAGCCAUCUCGGCGGAGCCCACGGCUAUCAACAUCCAGGACAUCAGCCACGUCACCCUGUCCAGUUACUCCAAGAGUUCCCAGUCCAGGAACCUGAUUCAGGAUGCCUUUCUGGAGAAUGACUUCAUGAAGAACUUGGAGAUGUCCCAGAUCCAGGAGAUUGUCGAUUGCAUGUACCCCGUGGAGUACACCAAAGAUAGCUGCAUCAUCAAAGAGGGAGACGUGGGCUCGAUGGUUUACGUGAUGGAAGAGGGCAAGGUGGAGGUGACCAAAGAGGGCGUGAAGCUCUGCACAAUGAUACCAGGGAAAGUGUUUGGAGAGCUGGCGAUUCUCUACAACUGCACGAGGACAGCCACUGUCAAAGCUCUCACCAACAUUAAGCUCUGGGCCAUCGACCGACAAUGUUUCCAAACGAUAAUGAUGCGGACAGGGCUCAUCAAACACAUUGAGCACACGGAACUUCUCAGGAGUGUUCCUACGUUCCAGGAUCUCCAGGAAGACGUGCUCAGUAAGCUUGCUGACGUGUUGGAGGAGACUCAUUACGAAGAGGGUGACUACAUUGUCAGGCAAGGCGCCAGUGGUGAUACUUUCUUCAUCAUCAGCAAGGGAAGGGUGAGAGUGACACGGGAACAAAUGUCAGACGAGGAGGCAACAUCUCCCAGUUUCCUGUCGCGGGGAGACUGGUUUGGGGAGAAAGCUCUUCAAGGGGAAGACGUGAGGCUGGCCAGUGUGAUAGCGGCAGAGGAGGUCACCUGCCUGGUGAUUGACCGAGAUUCAUUCCGGCAGUUAACUGGAGGCUUGUCAGAUGUUCACUCUGAAGAGUAUGAGAGUGCAGAGAUGCGGGCAAGUUUUCAGUUGGAAACUGCGUUCUUUGCCAACCUAAAUCGUAUGGACUUCACCGUCUGUGGGACUCUUGGAGUUGGAGGAUUUGGACGUGUUGAGCUGGUCCAGCUGAAGAAUGAGGACUCCCGGAGCUUUGCGAUGAAGAUCUUGAAGAAGCAGCACAUCGUCGACACACGGCAGCAGGAACACAUCCGCUCGGAGAAGCUGAUCAUGCAGGAGGCUCACUGUGACUUCAUUGUCAGGCUCUACCGGACCUUCAGAGAUGCCAAGUACCUCUACAUGCUGAUGGAGGCCUGCCUCGGAGGGGAACUAUGGACCAUCCUCAGGGACAGAGGCUCUUUCGACGAUGCUAUGACCCGGUUCUACACUGCCUGUGUGCUCGAAGCUUUGGCGUACUUACACUACAAAGGGGUCAUCUUCAGGGACCUCAAACCGGAGAAUAUCAUCCUCAACCACAGAGGCUAUGCUAAACUGGUGGAUUUUGGCUUUGCUAAGAAGAUUGGUUUCGGGAAGAAGGCCUGGACAUUCUGCGGCACUCCGGAGUACGUGGCCCCCGAGAUAAUCCUGAACAAAGGUCACGACAGCUCGGCUGAUUACUGGUCCCUCGGCAUCCUGAUGUACGAGCUGCUGACGGGCAGCCCCCCAUUCUCAGGGUCUGAUCCAAUGCAGACGUACAACAUAAUCCUCAGAGGGAUUGAUAUGAUUGAGUUCCCGAAGAAAAUUACCAAAAACGCGGGCACACUGAUCAAAAAACUGUGCAGGGACAAUCCCUCUGAGAGGCUGGGAAACCAAAAGAACGGAGUUAAAGACAUCCAGAAGCACAAGUGGUUUGAAGGCUUCAACUUUGAGGGGCUAAGGAAAGGAACACUCUCUCCGCCUAUUGUUCCAAGUGUGUCAGGGCCCUUGGACACCAGCAACUUUGACACAUUCCUUGAGGACACAGAGGGGGAGCCACCCGAUGAACAGUCAGGAUGGGAUGCUGAUUUUUAAACUCUGCUCCUUUCUGACUGGCCUGAUCCGCUGAGAAGGGGAAGCGUUGAAUAUUAUAUUCAGGAGUGCAGAUGGAAGGCGGUGAACAAUACAACUUGGACACUACAGCAUUUAUAAAGAGAAAUAGACUGUAAUCUAUGUAAACAAUUUAAAACUGACUGCAGACUAAAUAAAUGGAAAAGUCUGGUAGGGUGAAUGCUUGUUAUUUAAAGGUGCUAUUUCAUCAGUGGAAAAACCACAAAAUAAUCUUUAGUGGGACAAGAUCCAAACCAGUCUGUUGGAGUGUUGUAAAUGCCCUUGAGAUACCAAAAAGGCCGGUA